CUUUCUCACACACACACAAAUGCUCCUUGGUUUCAAGGGUUUCGAGCUUCUUUAAAUUCUCUCUUUCUCCGAUCCUUCAAUCGAAAAUUCAAAUCUCUAGAAUUCAUUCUUCCUUAUACAAUUCUCAGCUCAGAUUUCAAAAAAUCUAGAAGGAUCUAGAACAAAUCCUCAUUUCACAAAAAAUCCUUUUUUUUUUUUUCCUUUCAUUUUCUUCAAGGCGUUUUUGGUGAUGUGAGAGCUACUCCAAUAGCUCUUUUUGGUCCAUUUUUAGGGUUUGUUUGAAUGAUAAAAGAAAUUUCUAGAAGAUCUAAGGAUUUGGAUUUGGAUUGAUUUCAUUUUUGAUGGUGUGAGAGCUAUUAUAAGAGCUCAUUUUGGUUUCUAUUUUAGGGUUUGUUUGGAUGAUAAGGAAAGUUCUAGAAGAUCUGAGUAUUUGGAUUUGGAUUGAUUUUAUUGCUUAGAGUUACAAUGGAUGUGGAUUUAAUUAGUGAUAUAACGAGUCUUGAUGCUGAACUAUUGCAACUUCCUGAAGUUUCCUCUUUUGUUAUUAAAGAUAAUCCUUAUGUUGCCCAGAAGCUUUUUGAUCAAUGGCUAUCGUUACCGGAUACGACACCUUUGGUGAAAAAUUUGCUUAAUAAUGCUAAAGCUGGUGGUCCCUUGAAUGCGGCUGGAACUUCUUCUAGCACAAAUGUUGCUGCAAGCAAUUCUUUGCCAUCUAUGUUUCCGGCUGGAAGUACCCCUCCACUUUCUCCAAGAAGUUCAUCUGGUUCACCGCGAACAACAAGACAUAGGGCAGGCCCCUCUAUGUUAGGUUCUUCUUUGAAAUUUGUGAACGAGCCUGUUAAAGAGCCAAUACCACAGCAGUUUUAUUUUCAAAAUGGCCGUCCACCUCCAAAUGAAUUGAAGGAACGCUGCUUGUUUAGAAUAAACCAGUUUUUCUAUGGUCACACGGAUGGAUUACAAAUGGAAGAAUUUAAACCAAUUACCAAGGAAAUAUGCAAGUUGCCGUCGUUCUUCUCUACAGCUCUUUUUAGGAAGAUUGAUGUUGAUGGAACAGGUAUCAUAACAAGGGAUGUCUUUGUUGAUUAUUGGGUCAACGGAAACAUGUUGACAAAAGAUAUUGCAACCCAGAUGUACACAAUCUUGAAGCAGCCAGAUCUCAGACACCUGACACAGGAUGAUUUCAAGCCUGUUCUUCGAGAGCUUUUGGCAACACAUCCUGGGUUAGAGUUCUUACGGAACACACCUGAAUUUCAAGAGCGAUAUGCUGAAACUGUAAUAUACAGAAUAUUUUUCUACGUGAAUAGAUUGGGUGAUGGUCAUCUUACCCUCAGGGAGCUGAAGCGUUCGGACCUAAUUGCUGCAAUGCAACAUGCAGACGAAGAAGAAGAUAUUAACAAGGUCCUUAGGUACUUUUCUUACGAACACUUUUACGUGAUAUAUUGCAAGUUUUGGGAGCUGGAUACCGAUCAUGAUUUUCUGAUUGAUAAAGAGAACCUCAUUCGAUAUGGCAACCAUGCCCUUACAUACAGGAUUGUUGAUAGAAUAUUUUCUCAGGUUCCAAGGAAGUUUACAAGUAAAGUUGAAGGAAAGAUGGGUUAUGAAGACUUCGUUUACUUUAUAUUAUCAGAGGAGGAUAAAACAUCAGAGCCUAGUCUUGAAUACUGGUUCAAAUGCAUAGAUUUGGAUGGAAACGGUGUUAUGACUAGGAAUGAAAUGCAAUUUUUUUAUGAGGAGCAGUUGCACAGGAUGGAAUGCAUGGGCCAAGAGCCAGUGCUUUUUGAGGAUAUUUUGUGCCAGAUGGUUGACAUGAUUAGUCCAGAGGAUGAAAGUUAUUUUACGUUACGUGACUUGAAGGGCAAUAAACUAUCCGGCAGUGUUUUUAAUAUUCUCUUUAACCUCAAUAAGUUCAUGGCAUUUGAAACUCGCGACCCGUUCCUUAUACGUCAAGAGCGUGAGAACCCGAAUUUGACCGAGUGGGAUCGCUUUGCACACAGGGAAUAUAUUAGACUCUCAAUGGAGGAAGAUGCAGAGGAUGCCUCCAAUGGAAGUGCAGAUGUCUGGGAUGAAUCACUUGAGGCUCCCUUUUGAGUUUCAGUUGGCAAGGUGGAAAGAAGGCUGAACUCCUGUUUUUUAAAUCUCUACUAGUUUCCAGCGAGGUGCCUGCAGCGAACUUCAUCUCAAGCUGAAUUUUGAGCCGCAAAAGUGAAUUUUGCACAGAAAAGAAUCAAGUGGGACAAGCUGCCCUAUGUGUUCCACCAAGAUGUUCUUUUGAGAUAGCCACGGACAGAGUAUGCUCGUUCGAAGUAUCUGUCCGUGCUAGUUUGAAGGCUGCCAACAUGAAUUAUCAAGGGCUUGGCAAACGGCCGAUUGGUGAUCGAUAGUCAAAUGUACCUUCUGGUAAUUCGGAACUUUCACAUUUGUUCUCUCUUUAGCUGUAAGAAAUCAAUGUUAUUGAUUAUUUGUUGUAGUUCCGAUUUUCAGCGGUUUCAGAUACCUUUUUGUCUAGAUGAGGUUUAGUGUAGUGAGUGCCAAUGUGCCAUGUUUUCUGCUUUUUUGUUCCCUUUUUUGUGGUCUGUGAAACUUAAUAGUUGUGUAUGGACUUGGGUGUAUAAUUUUGCUGACAAAUGGCAUUGUUGAUUUGUUAA